CUGAACUCCUGCCAAAAACAACACACACAUACGACACACACCAGAAAAGGUGCUCAGGUUGCAAAGUCCCUGUUUUUAACAGAUUUAAAUUAAAUUACAUUUCUCUCUCUAAAGUUCCAGACCUCCUCUCCUCGACGAUGUGGUGCGGUCGCGUGGCUCUGCGCGUGGCUCUCCAGCGGAUCGCCGUUGUGCCGUUAAACUCAUUAAGUAUUACCGGGGGUUUACCGGGCGCCGUGCAGAGAGAGAUGUCGUCUCUACCGCGGGUCUACAUCACGCGACAGAUCCCGCCGGAGGGGCUGAAGAUUCUCAGCGAGUCUGGACAAGUGCAGUUUGAUCUGUGGGACUCAGAUGACGUCCCCGUGCCCCGGAAGGAGUUGCUCCAGAAGGUCAAAGGUGUCGAUGCGCUGGUCUGCGUGCUCACGGAGAAGAUCGACGCCGAGCUAUUGGACGCUGCAGGUCCUAACCUUAAGGUCCUGAGCACCAUGUCAGUGGGUUUUGACCACCUCUCCCUAGAGGAACUAAAGAAAAGGGGGAUCCGUGUGGGUUACACCCCAGAUGUGUUAACAGAUUCUGUAGCUGAAUUGACUGUCGCUCUGCUGCUGACCACGUCCAGGAGACUGAUAGAGGCUACGCAUGAAGCCAAGACUGGUGGAUGGGGAACAUGGAGGACUCUGUGGCUGUGUGGAUAUGAGCUGGCUAACAGCACCGUGGGAAUCCUGGGACUGGGCAGGAUCGGUGUGGCUAUCGCUGAGCGUCUGAAGCCGUUCAAGGUUAAGAAGUUCAUCUACACGGACGUGGCUCCCCGACCAGAGCUGGCCAGUUUGAUCGACGCAGAAUAUGUCUCUAUGGAUGAGCUGGCCAGUCAGUCUGACUUCCUGACUGUGUGUUGUGCUCUGACACCAGAGACUAAAGACAUCUGUAACAAGGACCUGUUCUCCAAAAUGAAGAAUACCUCCAUCUUCAUCAACACCAGCAGAGGAGGGGUGGUAGACCAGGAGGAUCUGUAUGAAGCCCUGUCCAGCGGUCAGAUAGCAGGAGCUGGACUCGACGUCACCGUCCCUGAACCCCUGCCCACCAGCCACCCGCUCUUCACCCUUAACAACUGUGUGAUCCUCCCCCACAUUGCCAGUGCGUCCUACUCCACGCGUAAUGCCAUGUCAGCUCUGGCAGCCAACAACCUGCUACUGGGCCUGAAGGGACAGCCAAUGAUCAAAGAGCUCAAGCUGUAGCUGCCAAUCACCUGCUUUCGGGAAACACCAGAGAAGAACCAAUCACCUGCUUUCGGGAAACACCAGAGAAGAACCAAUCACCUGCUUUCAGAAACACCAGAGAAGAACCAAUCACCUGCUUUCAGAAACACCAGAGAAGAACCAAUCACCUGCUUUCAGAAACACCAGAGAAGAACCAAUCACCUGCUUUCAGAAACACCAGAGAAGAACCAAUCACCUGCUUUCAGAAACACCAGAGAAGAACCAAUCACCUGCUUUCAGAAACACCAGAGAAGAACCAAUCACCUGCUUUCGGGAAACACCAGAGAAGAACCAAUCACCUGCUUUCGGGAAACACCAGAGAAGAACCAAUCACCUGCUUUCGGGAAACACCAGAGAAGAACCAAUCACUUGCUUUCAGAAACACCAGAGAAGAACCAAUCACCUGCUUUCAGAAACACCAGAGAAGAACCAAUCACCUGCUUUCGGGAA